CCGCUGCUGCUGCUCCCACGCACGCACAACCAAUCUCUCCAUUGAUCCUCCACUUCAAGACCAACAACAGACACGGACGCACGCUUCCGCCCAAUGGUCCGCCUGAAAGCCCGUCGCCACGGCUUCAAUGCUCGCGCGCUUUUCGUCGGCGCGCUUGCCCUCUCCACCACCGUCGCCGCCGCUGCAGAUGCCGACUCCGAUGCCGCAAACUCGGCAAAUGCGUCUCCAGAGGUAUUGGAGCUCCAGAAAGCAGGCAACGACUCCCUGCUCUGGGGCCCGUACAAGCCGAACCUGUAUUUUGGCGUCCGGCCCAGACUGCCCAAGAGCUUGAGUGCGGGCUUGAUGUGGGCGCGCGUUGAUGAUUACAGUAGUGUGCAGUAUAACUUCCGUCACACAUGCGAGCAGCACGAAGGCAUGGACGGCUACGGCUGGACCGAGUACGACGCGCGCACGGGCGGUCGGCAGGUCGUGCACGACGCGGGCAACAACAUUGAUUUCGAGACCGACUUUGUCAAGGUGCCCGGCGGCGAGCACGGCGGCAGCUGGGGCGUGCGUGUGCGCGGCACGCCGCGCGCCGACUACGCAGACCCCGACCAUCUGAAGACGACGGUCGUCUUCUACGCGUCCAUGGAGGGCUUGGGACACUUGGAGGUGGGCAACGACGAGGACGAUCUGGGCUACGCCGACGACGUCGUGCUCAAGGGCCAGGGCCAGGGCCUGGGCGAUUUUGAGCUCGUCGUCACGCAGGGCAAGGGCGAGCAUCCCCCGCCCAGGCAUCCCAGCUAUCACGAGCGCCCGCUGGCGCGCAGUAUUGUGCACUCGUUCCAGGUGCCGGAUGAGGUGCUGUGGCAGACUAAGCCGAUUCUCUUCAACCACCUCAAGCAAAACGUCGACAGCGUCUUGAAGAAGUACGGUGAAGGCAACUUCCCUCCCCCGGAGGCCGUCUACACCAUCUCCAACGAUAUUGGCAUGGGCAACCUGCACAUGGUGCAGAAGGUCUUUGAGGGCCCCUUCGAGUUCGACAUCCUCUUCUCGUCCGCCUCGGCCGAAAAGCCCAUGACUUCUGACGACCUUACGACGCGCCUCGAGGAGGCUACGACGGCCUUCUCGAAGCGCUACCGCGAAAUCCUCGCCCCGCAGGCGCCGUACGACACGGCGCGCUACGAGGAGUUCUCCAAGUCGCUAUUCUCCAACCUUGUCGGCGGCAUCGGCUACUUCCACGGCGACGCGCGCGUCGACCGCUCCUACGCGCCUGAGUACGACGAGGACAACGAGGGCUUCUGGGAGGAGGCGGCCGAGGCGCGCGCGCGCAACCAGCCGAAGCUCGAGGGUCCCAGCGAGCUGUUCACCAGCAUUCCGUCGCGGCCCUUUUUCCCGCGCGGCUUCUUGUGGGAUGAGGGCUUCCAUCUGCUGCCGGUUGUCGACUGGGACGUUGAUCUUACCCUUGAUAUCAUCAAGUCUUGGUUCAACCUCAUGGACGAGGACGGCUGGAUCGGCCGCGAGCAGAUCCUCGGCGCCGAAGCGCGCAGCAAGGUCCCCGACGAGUUCCAGGUGCAAUACCCGCACUACGCCAACCCGCCGACGCUCUUCUUCAUCCUCAGCGCCUUCAUCGAGAAGCUCAACGCCCUACCCAGCACCGAGAAGCAGGGCGAGCAACAGCAGCCCCUCGGCAGCGCCUCCGACUCGCCCUACCAGCUGCACCUCCAGAAUCGCGCCGUCGGGACGCAGUACCUGCGCGACCUGUACCCGCUCCUCAAGCGCCACUACUUCUGGUUCCGGCGCACCCAGGCCGGCGACAUCAAGUCGUAUGACCGCACCGCGUACAGCACGAAGGAGGGGUACCGGUGGCGCGGCCGCACGCCCGCGCACAUCCUGACGUCGGGCCUGGACGACUACCCGCGGGCGCAGCCGCCGCACCCGGGCGAGCUGCACGUCGAUCUCCUGUCGUGGGUGGGCCUGAUGACCAAGGGCAUCCGCGACGUGGCGGCGUUCCUGGACGAGAGCGACGACGUGACCGAGUUCGCCAAGUACGAGGACGCGAUUCGGCACAACGUGCACGACCUGCACUGGGACGAGGCGGCGGGCGUGUGGUGCGACGCGUCGAUUGACGAGUACGAGGAGGACGUGCGCGUGUGCCACAAGGGCUACGUGAGCCUGUUCCCGUGGCUGCUGGGCCUGGUGGACCGCGACGACGCGCGCCUGGCCAGGGUGCUCGACGUGCUGGCUGAUCCUGAGGAGUUGUGGUCCGAGCAUGGCAUUCGCUCGCUGAGUAAGGCGAGUGAGUUCUUUGGUUCUGGUGAGAAUUAUUGGCGCGGGCCCGUUUGGGUCAAUGUUAAUUAUUUGGUGUUGGCUGCGUUGAGGGACCUCGCCACGCACCCAGGCCCGCACGCCGCCCGCGCAGCAGAACUGUACGCCUCCCUGCGCCGCAACGUCGUCGACACAGUGUUCAAGGCUUGGGAGGAGACGGGCUUUGCCUGGGAGCAGUAUGAUCCUGAUUCGGGCAAGGGCCAGCGCACGCAGCAUUUCACGGGCUGGACGAGCUUGGUUGUUAAGGUGCUGGCGAUGGGUGAGGUUGAGGAGGUGGGGAAGGGUGGUGUUGAGGGUGGGCAUGAUGAGCUGUAGUGUUUUUGUGUUUUUGUAGGGGUGGAGGGGGAGGGGGGGUGUUGUGUUGUGUUUAUGGGGUGGAGGCGGAG